AUGGCAGCCAACUUUUGGUCUUCAACGCAAUGCCAUACAUGGCUCCUUUCGCCCGGUACAACUCUCAAAGCGCGUGCAGAAGACCUGAAGUACGCAAGUGCCAUAGAUGUCGCGGCUCUCUGUGCGUGGUGCCUGAAUACAAUCUCAGACCUGUGCGUGCGGUUAGGUGCUCAGCAGCGGGUGAUUGCCACAGCGUGUAUGUACUUUCAACGGUUUUAUGUCAAGAACUCGUAUGUCACGACUGAUCCGAUCGUGGUAUUGGUGACAUGUGUAUAUUUGGCGAGCAAAGUCGAAGAAGCCCCUAUUCGCAUUCGCAUCGUGUGUGCUGAGGCAUCCAAGAUGAUGAAUGAAAGAGGUUACCGUGAGAUGCCGAAUCAUGUGCCACUUCUUGCAGAGAUGGAGUAUUGCUUGCUCGAAGAGCUAGAGUUUGACUUGGUCGUCUUCCACAUAUACCACCUUCUGCCGAACCUGUGUGAGGUCUGUCUUAAUGCAUGCAAGAUCUCUUCCCAGCAUAGUGACACGAAAGAUGUGAUGGCUUCGCUUUUACAAAUGGCAUGGUACAUCGCCAACGACAUGUACCGCACACACCUGCCACUGGAACACCCGCCCUACGUGCUUGCAGUGGCGUGUGUCUAUCUGGCCCUGAGUAUCUCACCAACGCUUCGCGAGUCACUGAAAGCCAAGUUUCAUGGCGCAUUUGACGAAGCAUCCCCCGACUCUGACACAAUAAAGUUUCUCGCCAGCUUCAAUGUAUCGUUGCCGAUUGUCACCCGCGUCAUUCAAGAUAUGUUAUCGCAAUAUCAGUUGUGGCACACGUUAGCACACCCGAGUUCCGGCUCUAGUCUGCUCACCGACCACAAAACGCUUCUUCGACGAAUGUAUCGCAUGCGUGAAGAUCGCUGUCGAGCUAUGCAAGCGUGA